AUGUUCAGGCUCCUCAGCCGGCAAGCGUUCAAGGCUGUUCCUAGACCCGUUUUUCGUCUCUCUACUGGCACCUCACGCCGGAUCCAUAGCGUGCAGCUCCCGUACAGCGGUCCUCCGAGUUACGAUACGAUCGCUCGACGGUUCUCUUCUUCGCAGAUCGAUCCGCAAGCCUUUUUCGCUCGCAAGCGUCAGCAAGAGGCUAAAGAGCGUGGCGAAUACGUUGAUAUCCAUGAUAUCGGCGGUGUGGAUCCGAAAGAUUUUGAUAUCUUGAUCACUGAUAUUGACCACGGGAAACUGCAACAUGAAAUUGCAGAGGCAGUGGGCAUAGCGUACCAUUUGGAGGCGACUAAGGAAGAUGCCAAUAGGAUAAUUGAAGCCGGUGAUUGUAUUAUAUACGGUAGGAAUCUCCGGACGAUAUUUCCUGCAGUUGUCGCUUGUGAAAUGGGCAAGGCUCAUUGGGUCUUCUUCAUCGUUGAUACUGGUUCACCAUUGACAUACCUUUCAGCUCAGACGAGUGCCCUAUUUGGUAUCAAGGAUGGUGACUACGGACUGACGCCUGUCAAGAUUGCUGGACAUCUUCACGGUGUUUGCAGGUCGCCAGACAAUUCACACUUUACCGAAGUUAACAUUAUCGGCAUGGACUUUUGCAACAUGCAUGACGUUUCCCAGUGGAAUGAUUUCAAAAAUCGCCGAGCAAAGUUAUACAUCGGUGGAAAGUGGAAGGUGGUGGAAGAGUCUAAGCUGUAG